GCACAGCACUGCUCUUUGUCUGUGGGUAGGAAAGCAGAGCGAUGUGGUGGCCUCUCCCUGCGUGUGCCAGCUUUGGAGCUGGCCUUGCCUGGGCUCUCCUUACUGUGGCUCUGGGGAUGGAUUUAAGUUUGCAGGAAAGUUUGCUGUUAAAAUCCCUGGGUCUGAGCGCAAAGCCCAGCCCCAAAAUCCCCAUCCCGGUGCCAUCUGUGCUCUGGAGGAUCUUCCAGAAGAGAAGGAGCCCUCCUGCAACAAACAGAGACCCGGUGGAUGGUUGUAGGGUGGAGGAGUUUAAUGUCCCUGGGAACAUCAUCCGUGUCUUCGCUGACCAAGGCCGCUUCAUUCAUAGCACGCAGCCCCAUCCGCUGCUGUGUCUGCAGAAGCGUCUGUACUUUAACCUCUCUGUGCUGGAGGAGGAUGAGCGCCUGACCAUGGCUCAGCUGGAGAUCAAAUUCAGCCACAAUUCGUACCACAGCCCCGGCCGGGGGGGGGGCUUCGAGCUGAGGCUGUACCGCAGCUGCCCGGUGCCGCUGAGGGGGACGCCCUCCCUGGAGCGAGGCCGCAAGCUGCUGCUGGAGCAGUCCUUUGCCCGCCUGCACAAGUCUCUGCUCUUCAACCUGAGCGACGUGGCAAAGGACUGGACAACUCACAGCAGGAACCUGGGCUUGGUCCUGGAGAUCGCGGUGAGCGGAGACGGAGCCUCAGCCCCGGGGAGCACGGGGCCACAGAGCCCCUGUGCCGGCAUCGACUCUUUCAUGGAUACCUCUCUCCUGGUGGUGACUCUCAGCCAGCAGCAGUGCAGGGCCUCCAGGAGGAGGAGGAGUGCUUACAACGUCCCCGUCACACCGAGCAACCUCUGCAAGCCCCGGCGCCUUUACAUCAGCUUCAGUGACGUUGGCUGGGAGAAUUGGAUCAUCGCCCCGCAGGGCUACAUGGCCAACUACUGCCUGGGCGAGUGCCCCUUCCCCCUCACAGCUGAGCUCAACAGCACCAACCACGCCAUCCUGCAGACCAUGGUGCACUCACUGGACCCCGAGGGGACGCCCCAGCCCUGCUGCGUCCCCGUCAGGCUGUCCCCCAUCUCCAUCCUCUACUAUGACAACAGUGACAACGUGGUGCUGAGGCACUACGAGGACAUGGUGGUGGAUGAGUGUGGCUGCAGAUAGCGGAGUGGAUGUGGGUAUGUGCUGUGGGGUCCCCGUGUGGCACACGGAAUGAUGGAUGGAAUAAAUCCAAGUGUGACAAAUGCUCUCUGUGAUGGUGUUCAGGGAGUUUCCCAUUGGGACAGGGACUGUCAGAGCCCCCUCUGUGCUGCCUUCUUCCCCUGCAGCCAGGGAGGAGGUCUGCAUGAAGGGAUGGGGACAGCUGUGUUUUAGUGGUAGUGCUGUGCUGGGUGCUCUGCCAGAGCCUGCAGGUGGGUACGGGGUUAUGAUCAGCUCUGACCCUGGGUGCUGCUCAGCCAUGCGGUGUGGUUGGCAGAGGCACCAGGCUGGGAAUCCCGGCUCCGUCCUGUGCCUGGCAGAGCAGCUGCUGGUGCUGCUGGCGGCCUCGUGGUGGAGCUGCUGCCGGGCUUUGUGUUUUUCAGCUUUUUGCAGCUUAUGCCAUGCAAAACGCAGUGACCCAUUUGGUGAAGUGAUGCUGUGGGUCUGUGCUGCCGGCUUCAGCUGCAGCAGCUGCAGGAAGAGGUAUGGUGUCGUGACAUGAGCCGUGUCAUGACUGAAUCCCUUCCCCGGGGCACUGGAGGCUGCUUCACGCUGGAGCUGUGGCUGUAUGGUGGUGUACCUGGAGCUGAGUCAUCCCUUGCAUUGCUUUUGUAGAGGGUUUGUCUGCAUCAGCUUCUGUGGAGCAGCACAGGAAAGGGGCCGGGAUGGGCACUGUGGCUGAGGAAGGGGCACACAGUGCUGCACAGUGGGCAGCAGCAGUCUGUGGCAUUUUGAUCCCUCCCUGAGGUCCCACUGCUGCAGCACAGUGCUCAUUUACCUCGUUGAGCAAAGUAAUGAGUGCAGGAGCCCCCGGGCAGCUGCAGCCACAUGGCACAGUGCAGCAGUCGCUUUGCACAGCAGUGUCACAGCCCUCAUAAUUCAGGCACCACAUUAAUAAUGUGCAUAUGCAUUUGGGGGUUAUUUUUUAUGUGUUUGGCUUAUUGUUUUUAUUAAGGACUUGUGCGCAGAGCUGCAGCUGUUGGCUGUGCUCCUCAGUCCAUUGCAGCAGUGUGGCUGUGCUCUCGCCGUGUUUCAUGCCAUGAACAGAAGCCCUCAGAGCAGUGUGGGGGGGAGGGGGUGCAGACACAGAAUCUGAGUUAACUUGAAUUUCUUUUUGAAAUAUGAGCCCGGCAGCACAGCCUGCACCGUUUCUACUUUUUUUGUACCUGUGUUGUAUUGUCUCCAAGAUCUGAUGAAGUAUUGCUGAGUGCAGCUGGACCCCAAGCACUGAGGGUUUAAACCACUGCCAGAGCUGCAGCGGAGCGUCUUCCUGCAACACCACUGCUGCCAUGCCUGAACCAUGCAGCGGAAGGCCGAGUAGGUUGAGAACAGCCCUUAGGUUGGUAGCACUCACCUUCAGCUUCCCCACACCCAGCAGUAACCCCUAACAUAGCGCAGUGAAAGCAGUGUCCCCCCCCUGGGGGUGUCAGGAGCUUUGGGUGGGACAUAACCCAGCAGGAGCUCUUUCUUUCCAGAUUAGAACAGCAGGGAUUUAAAAACCACCCCCUUCCUUUUGGUACUGUGCUGGAGUGGACUCAGGGAGGCAGAGCUGUUAUUGGCUCCAGGCUGAGCGCAGCUGAGCACCCACCCAGGAACUGCAUUUGCUUCCAUGUGUCCGCUCUGCGCCCCCCCACUUUUGUACCAGUCUGUGUGUAAAGGAAGUAAUAAACUUGAAGUUUCUACAAUCA